AAAAUUUUCUCCGACACGACGGCAGAAAAAAUCUUUUUCUCUUCUCGGCGUCCAUUAGUCGGCAAGGUUGGUUCUGUGAAAGUUGAUUAACAAAAGUGCUUAUUCUGCAUAAAGUGUGGUUGUAUUUUACACCAAAGUGUGUAAAUUUUGAAGUUCCGCAUUGGCCAUAGCAAAAUCGUGUACCGCCGAGAGAAAACAGUACCGGACGCGUAGGAUAUCUGAAAAUGCCGGCUUCCGGAACAUUCAAACUGUUCAUCGGCAACGUCGAUGAAAAGACGCAACCAUCCGAUUUGCGGCCGCUGUUUGAAAAGUAUGGAACCGUAGUCGAGUGUGACGUGGUGAAAAAUUACGGUUUCGUGCACAUGGAAAACGAGGAUCAGGGCCGAGAUGCGAUUCAGAAUCUGGACGGGUACGUGGUCAACGGUAAAGCGAUCAAGGUGGAAGCGGCCAGGAACCGUCGCGCGCCGAACGCAAAUACGACCAAGAUUUUCGUAGGCAAUUUGACCGACGUUACACGCGCUCCGCAAGUUCGCGAACUGUUUCAAAAGUACGGUACCGUCGUCGAGUGUGAUAUCGUGCGGAACUACGGGUUCGUCCAUCUGGAUCCGACCGGCGAUGUUAACGAGGCGAUCCGUGAGCUCAACGGUAUGAUGGUGGACGGUCAACCGAUGAAGGUCCAGGUGUCCACCAGCCGGGUUCGGCCAAAGCCCGGCAUGGGGGAUCCGGAGAUGUGCUACCGGUGUGGCCGCUCUGGUCACUGGUCCAAGGAGUGCCCGCGACUGCUCUUCUCCGAAAGUAGAUUCCGCGAUCGACCGAUGUACGCCAGGGAUCCGUAUCCACCGCCGCCGCCGCCACCGUUCCUUCGCGAUCGCAUUAUGGAUGGAUUUAGGGAUACCUUUGACUAUUACGACCGGUACGAUGACCCCAGAGAUCUGUUCGAGCGGCGGUACGGAAUCCGUGGACGCGACUUUCCCCCCCUGAGGAGCCGCGAGCCAAUGCCACCGAUUCCGCCGUUGAUGCGUCGCAGUGCCGUGGAAAGCAGCCGCAGCAGCCAGUACGAUUCGAUCUUCAGUCGUCGCACGCCGCCACCGCCGAGCCGCAACGGAAGCAGCAUCAGUCGUUUCGGAGUCUACGAGGACUUCAGUCGGGACUCGUUCGACGAUCGGCGACAGGGCUUGCGGGGACCAUCGCCCACCCAUCGGUACGCUCCGUACUGAGACGAGACUGCUAGCAAUGGGCGAUUGCUUCGACCUAAUACAUACUUUUACGAGACACGCUGAGAAAUCUUAACAAAAUUGAUGUUCGUCACAGAUUAGGUAUGUAGCACAGUAUCGUCUUGAGAGGUAACGGAACCUGUAUCUGUAAUUUGCUUAAUUUUCCCCAAAUUUUCUACAAUAUCUCUUUACGUUAAGGCAUCUUAAACAUUUUUAAUCACGGAAACCACGCAAUAUUGGGUGACAUGAAAUCUUUGUUGCAAACAAGAAGUUUAUUUGAUACUUUGGCACGAUAAAUGCCCUAAAUAAGCUAUUUAAAGAAACAGACAUAAAGUUAGGUUCUACCAGUCUUAGUGGAUUCCACCACAGUUUUAAUGUUCUCUCAUAAUGAAAGAAUGUGUUUAAUUCAAAAUUUGUGUAUCCAGACAGUCAUUGAAAAAAAAAUACAAACAAGUUACUUAGGAAAAAAAACAUCAGAACUAAACACAGAAGGUAGGAAAUGGUUUCCUAAGAUUAUUCUCCUAUGUAUUGGUAAACAAUAAUAAAAAACGAUAAUAAUUAUCGCUAUGAAAACGUAA